CUACUACGACUACCAACACAAUGACAGCUGCUCCCACAAUUCCCACAUAUUCCCACACAACAACCACUGCAGCUGCUAUGACAACAACGGCUGCUGAUACAAUAACCACAGCCAUUACAACAACAACCACAGCAGCUCCCAGAACCACCACAGCUUCCCCUACAACAACAGCAGCUGUACUCACAACAACCACAUCAUCUACCACAAAAACUACAGUAACUGCUGCUACGACAACUACAGCUUUGGCUACAAAAACAACACUUUCUCCAACAAAAAUUGCAGCAGCACCAACACCGACGACAGCUGCUCCCACAACAACCACACUGCAGACACAAGAAGAAGAGCUGUACCCUCAAAAACCACAGCGGCACCCAGAUCAUCAUAAGCUGAAACAUCAACAUCAGAAGGGGCAACAACACCCUAAACCAUGCGAACAACCAACAACCACAGUCGUCCGCACAAAAACCACAGCUGCUCCAACAACAACCACAGCUGCUUCUUCUACGACAACUAAAACUGUGGCUACAACAACAACAGCCGUCCAAACAACAACAACAGCUGUUCCCACAACAACCACAGCUUCCCCCACAACAACAACAGCUGCAUCUACAACAAAAAAAGCCAUCCCCACAACCACAGAUGCUCCCGGAACAACCACGUCUACAAUGACAACCACAGCCGCAGCUCCGACAACCACAGCCAGCCCCAUAUCAACCACAGCUUCCCCCACAUCAACCACAGCCGCAGCUCCGACAACCACAGCCAGCCCCAUAACCACAGAUGCUCCCGGAACAACCAUGUCUACAACGACAACCACAGCCGCAGCUCCAACAACCACAGCCAGCCCCACGUCAACCACAGCUUCCCCCACAUCAAACACAGAUGCUGCUACGACAACAACAGCCGCCCCCCCAACAUCCACAGCUGUUCCCACAACAACCACAGCUUCCCCCACAACAACCAUAGCUGCUGCUACGACAACAACAGCUACAACAACCAAAGCCAUCCCCACAACCACAGAUGCUCCCGGAACAACCACGUCUACAACGACAACCACAGCCGCAGCUCCGACAACCACAGCCAACCCCACAUCAACCACAGCUUCCCCCAUAUCAAACACAGAUGCUGCCAAGACAACAACAGCAGUCUCCCCAACAUCCACAGGUGUUCCCACAACAACUACAGCUUCCCCCACAACAACCACAGCUUCACCAAUGAUAACCAUAGCUGUAACAACGAUAACUCCAGCUUCUGCUACAACAACAACUCCUGUUGCUCCAACAACUACUGUUGCCCCAACCAGUGAUUCCACUGACCCUCCAACAGCAAAUGAAGGUGUACUUUUUCUGCAUUUCCGGCUGAAUAGUACAUUUCUGGAAGCCUACAAAAGUCCACAGUCCAAUGAGUACCUUAAUUUGGCUUCAUAUCUGACAUCUGAGUUGAAUCAAGGAUUCAAAAGAAUAUAUCCUGUAAUCUUCCUCAGAUGCAUCAUCAUCAGUUUCUGGUCUGGUUCUGUGGGUGUGACAACUAACUUGAUCUUCACAAGCCAGUCUGUGGUCCCUAACGUUAAUAAUGUAGAGGACUCCCUCAAGACGUCCAUUAACACGUUCACAGUCUUCUUCGAUAUUAUUCCUGGCAGUAUCAAAGCUGAACUCCAGCAAAGCACGACUGCUACUACGCCUACCAACACAACGACAGCUAAUCCCACAAUUGCCACAGUUUACCACACAACAACCACAGCGGCUUCUACAGCAACCCCAUCCAUGGCAACAACAACUACAGCCACACCAAUGACAUCUACAGCUGUGGCUCUGAAAAGUACAGCUGUGGCUACAACAAUCACAGCUGCAAUCGAAACAACCACAUCUGCAUCAAUGACAACCACAACCGUAGCUCCGAAAACCACAGCCACAGCUCCGACAACCACAGCCACAGCUCCGACAACCACAGCCACAGCUCCGACCACCACAGCCACAACAACCACAGUUGUACUCACAACAACCACAGCUGCUCCCACAACAACCACAGAAGCACCCACAACAACCACAUAUUUUCUAACAACUACUACAGCAAUUCCAACAACCACAACAGCUUCCUCUUCAACAACCACAGCCACCUCAACAACAACCACAGCUUUCCCCACGACAACCACAGUUGCUGCUACUACAACAACAGCUGCGGAUUCAACAACCACAGAUGCACCCACAACAAUCCCCAAAAAGUUGACAACAACUACAGCAGCUCCCAGAACCACCACAGCUUCCCCUACAACAACAGCAGCUGUACUCACAACAACCACAGCAUCUACCACAAAAACUACAGUAACUGCUGCUACGACAACUACAGCUUUGGCUACAAAAACAACACUUUCUCCAACAAAAAUCACAGCAGCACCAACACCGACGACAGCUGCUCCCACAACAACCACACUGCAGACACAAGAAGAAGAGCUGUACCCUCAAAAACCACAGCGGCACCCAGAUCAUCAUAAGCUGAAACAUCAACAUCAGAAGGGGCAACAACACCCUAAACCAUGCGAACAACCAACAACCACAGUCUUCCCCACAAAAACCACAGCUGCUCCAACAACAACCACAGCUGCUUCUUCUACGACAACUAAAACUGUGGCUACAACAACAACAGCCGUUCAAACAACAACAACAGCUGUUCCCACAACAACCACAGCUUCCCCCACAACAACAACAGCUGCAUCUACAACAAAAAAGCCAUCCCCACAACCACAGAUGCUCCCGGAACAACCACUUCUACAAUGA